AUGUCAGACGCCGCCGUCGAUACCAGCUCCGAGAUCUCCACCAAGGUAAGCGGCUGCGACCCAACGCAUGCGAGGCGUCCUCUCCUCGCCACGCCGUCCUCCUCCUCGGCCGCGGCUACUUAUUUCUGGAUCUGCCUCGACGGAGCCUCCCGUCGUCCGCCCCCCCCCCGAAAGUCCCAUUUUGUCCGCGUGUGUCUCUCGACGAGCGGCGUGCGCUCUCCGCUUCCCUCGUUUCUUUGUUUGCGACAGCGACCUCGCUCCCGCAAGAUCCCCGGCUUGUUUUUUGUUCCUUGGAGGUGGUUUUUGCGGAAAGGAAAAUGGUUUUCCAACCCCCCGAGGGGGCGGACAGGACAGCUUGUAUAUCAAGAGAGGGAGAAAGCGGGAGGCUUCUUUUGAGAAAAUCUCUUGAAAGUGCCCGAGCUGCGGGCUCUCCUGGGCGCACGCAAUGGUCCCUGUUGCAAAGCGGCCGUCUGGAAAGAGCUCUCCAUUCAAAGGAGCCUCGCGGGUUUGACAGACGUCGAAAACUUAAGAGGGUCCCUCCGAUUCCCCUACUUUUUAAAAAAGUGUCAUGAGUGCGAGUCGGGGGGACGGGACGAGGGGGAACUAAAAAGCCACCCGGCGGGAAAGACCCGCCGUGCCCAACGGUUGAAGGCAGCCUUUCCGUGCUCCUCUUCCCCGGUCCAUUUCCACCUGAAAUUACGAAAACAAGCGAGGGGCGUCGGGAGGGAUGUUACCCUCUUGGGUAUCCUUUGUGAACGUUCCGACGUACUUGAAUGCAAGUUGAGUUUGCGUGUGUCCGCUGCUCGCUCUCUCUCUCCCCCCCCCCAUAUUUUUUAAUUUGCUUUUGCUAAUUGCACGGAAAUAACUUUACGACCCCCGGUGGCUGCGAUAAAAUCGGAAGCGGUUUGUUGGGGGGGAGGGAGGAGGCGGCGGGGGCGGGAAGAAGGGGGUUGGGGUUGACUUGAGUGUCAGGUUGGGGGGUCGAGGCUGUAAAGAGGCUUCGCUUUGAUGGGGAAGCGGAGAGCAAAUGUUGGUGGCCAUCCGGCGCGGGCUCUUUGUUUCACGGUGCGGGGAGAGCCAGCACGUCGCGGCGGCCCCUCGCUUAGUGCCCGAGCCUCCCGGGGUCUCUCUAGAUUUCCUACCUACUUUAUUUCCCCCCCCCCCCCAGCACCCCACCCCCCGACUUUCACAGGGAAACGUUGUCCCCUCGGGGUUUUUUUGGGGGGGCGGGGAGAGACUGAGAUCUCCCAUCCAGCAAACGGGCUGGACUGUUACCAACGCGCGGUUUAACCUUGCGCACCCGGUACGAAAAGGGGGUCUUGCUAACAUCUGGGGUGACAUCUGAAGUUCAAAUGCCACCCCUCUUUUUUUUUGGAACUAGAAUGACCCUUUUCCCUCCGUCUCACCUCGCCGCCCCAAGCAAAAGUUCCGGAAGCACUCCUCGCGGUUUAAAAAGGGGGGUCCGUGCGGAUGGCGCGGGGGCGUAACGGGGCUCGCCGGAGGGAACCCACGCGUCCGAGUGGGUAGAUAGAUGGGCGGGGAUGAAUGGGAAGACGGGGGCGGGAUCGGUGUUUUCCUUUCCCCGUCGCCAACAUCUCGGUUGCCGUUGGGUUGCCAGUGGGACAGGUUCGUCCUUCUCUGCUCUCUCCCCCCCCCCCGGGCCUUGGACGGGCGGCGGAUACAAUGGAGCAGCCGCCGGAUACAUUGUGCCAAGCAGACGGCGCGCGUCUCCUUCGGCCUUCUGGCCACCCGCAGAUUCGGGGAGGGGGGAGAGCCGGCGGUUGUAAUAGCUUGCAGCCUUCGGGUGGCCAUUUCUCUCCCGCUUUUAAGGCACCCUUCACUUUUCUGGGCAGGGGGAGCCUCCCCGCAGAGACCACCGACGGGGCUCCUGUCGACGUCCCCCCCUCCCCAAACAAACCCCGUUUUCACAGCCCGCAUCUCGAAGGGUCUUCGGGGCCACGGAAGCGAACCCAGCAAGGUCAUUCCGCGGCUGGCACCGUCCCUCUACUUUCUAUCUCCCCUCGAGGGGAGGGGGCGUCGGAUGCAGGCGGCUUGGGCCGUUGCUGGGAUCCAAGAGAGGGGACCCCCCUCUCCCGGGUGCUCCUGCGCCGCCUCCAGCUUCCAUCAAGCCCCCCUGCCAGCCUCGUUUCUUUCCUCGCGCCCCGUCGAGCUUUGGCGCUGCGCUCCGCGGACGGCCUUUUUACAGGUGCCGGCAAGAGCUGCAGUCGCGGUUGGUUGGGGGGGGGUAACCCGAAAGCUUUGCAGCUGCGGGUGGGCAGCUUCGCUACAGAGCCCGGGGGGGGGUGUGAGAAGCGAAGGGACGUUUCGCUGGCUUUGGCGGCGAGGUUUUGGGGGGACCCCUUGGACGCACCUCAGACCCACGUCGAAGCGGGCGGGCGCCCCUAGUGAGUGGUGGUGGGGUCAUGGGCGGGCCACCAUUAACAACUGGGGGGGGGGUGGAAGUUGGAGCAUCGUUUAGAAAGGGAACUUUUGACGGGGAUUCACUCCCCCCCCCCAAAAAAAACACUUUUCUUUUUCCAGGUUGGCCAGCUCACUCCACUUGCCCAAGUGUAACGCUCUUUAGACGAGUUCAAAUACACAGCUAUCUUUUUAUAAUAAAAUAGGGGGCAAGGUGCGGGGGCGGGGAGUGAGCCCCCCAACCUAUUUUCGGCUGCAAACUCUUUUCUCCCGCCCCCGUGAAUUUAUUUCUAUUUUUUUGCACCCCCAAAUGCCCCGGGGGCAGCCAGCUCGGUUUAUUUCCCAGCCGGGCGGCGGCUCCUCCUCUCCAGCGCCGCCCCCGGCUGCUGCGGCCGCAGCAAACAGCAGCCCAAAGCGGCCCCACCACGUGCCGCCUCCUCUUCUCCCUCUUGCCUUUUCCCUCCUCCUCCUUCCCUUCCCUCUGGCCCCCGCCCGCGCGGGGCCUCUUGGGAAUCGUAGUCCGCUGCCUUCCCGGCGCCCUGCCGCAGCCCUCCCUGCUCCUUUCAAAGGGGGAACUACACGUCCCGGCAUGCGUCGGGAGUUCUGCCGCAGCUGGCCAAUCGGAGCGGGCGCCGGCCGUGGCGCGCUGUUUUGAAAUGGGCCCGGGCGCGUGGCAGGCCGUAGGCGAAGCGUCGAGCGCUCGCGGCGCGGGCGCCCCCUGUAGGGGGGAGGCUAUUUUAUAAGUUAAAUAAAUAAAAAUAAAUUUUUGCCAGGGUUGUUAGUAGGCGCAUCUGUUACAGGUGGCGGCAGCAGCGGUUGCACUUUGCAAAGCUUGCGAUUAGGAGGGGCGGGGGGAGGGAAAGAAUGAUCCCAUGAAUGGAUUUGACAAUUGGGUUACCCUUGGCACCAGGCUGCAAAUGUGUUUUGGAGAGGGUUGAAAUAAGUACUUUUGUCAGUUUUGCUUUACGUGGACCGUUUUAUUGCCGUUCCUCAGUUAGCAAAUUGGGUUGGUGCAGGUGUCUCCUGCUUAUGUUUCCUUUGCCAGAGGCCCUGUGCAUGUAGGGUGCUAUGUUAAUAAAAUGGUUUCCUCUAGAUUUCAACCUAGCGGCUCUGCAAGGUGAAUACACAUCAUGUUGCUUUUAGAGUACAGUUCCAGAUAAUGGUGUUUUUUUUAAAAAAAAAUAUCCAGCAGUUAUGGAUUGCCCCUCCUAGCUAGUGUUGUUGUGGCUGGUCUUGAAGUGGCAAACAGCUCUGCUGGGCCUGUAAUUAUAGACUCCUGCCUCAAAGGUUUCAGGAUCAAGUUAAAGCUUGUUGUAUUGUCAAUUUGCCUUGGAGUGUGGAAAAAUCUGGUGCUUUCUGCUUUGAGGUGCCUCUACUCCAUGCAAAGAAUAAAAUAAAAAUCAACCAUGUUUUGUAAUUCAACCGGCCUGUGAUGAUCUAGCACUAGGUUUUAGUUACGAGGUUAACUGCUGCUGCUGCUGCUGCUUCAUUACGGAGCCUGUUUUGAUUUGCUCUUUAGGGGGUGUUGCUCAGAGAGGUUUUGUGUUCAUAUCUGUUUCUGCGCGUGAGGGAAUACUGCUCCAAUCUGGUCGAUGUGAAUACGAUGGAUCUGUUCGCAAGCCUUGCUGGGUGAAGGUAACCAGAUCCAAAAGUGGGGAAAAACAAAACACUCAACAGGCUUGCUUGAUUUUUGCCCAGAUUUAAAUGCUCAGCAACAGGUGUGAGCCUAGAGGUACUAAAGUAAGGCAAUACAAGAGGAGGAUUCCCGGGUGUUUCUCGUCAGUGCAGGCAGCAUUUGCUAAUCUGUUCCCGAUUUACCCAGGAGCCCUGCUUGUCUUGAGAAGCUUAAGCAAUGCAUGGCUGCACUGGGCCUGCAAAUAAUUUGGAGGCUAGUCUAAUCCAAACGAAUAAACCGGGGUGGGGGGAGCAAGGAGGCAAUCCUUUAUGUUGGGUUGUGCCUUCCAGAUUAUUCAUGCCGGACUCUGUGCGGGGCAAAGCAUGCAGCCAUUCGGGUGGCAGAACCACCAACAGAUCAGGCCACGGUUUAUCCGCUAAGAUGUUCCUGGAUCCCUUGCGGCCUUUUAAAAAGCUGGCAGGCUGAGGCUGUCAGUCAAGAGAGGGAGAGGGCAGGAUCCUGGUGACAGGCUUAUCUGUGUAUGCAUGGGCAAGGGGGCUCCUGCUGUGGCUGGUGCCUUUUUCCAUCAGAUUCCGGCAACCGGCCAGCAGCAGGUAGACACAUCCUGCGGCUCAAAAUGGGGUUUCUGGACUCUGCUUUCCCCCCUCACUUCUGUGGUUUUCAGUGUUAGAUUGGCGGUUUGUUGAUGAGCCACUGACUCGCCCCCCUUUCAUAAGGGGGAAGGGAACGUGCUGUAAUAUCAGGCCGGUGGGGGAACGUUUCUCUGCUCUGGACUCCCAUAACCUAACCUGGUCCAAGCCUGGUCUGCUAUGGGGAGGUGGAGCCCUGCUGGAACAGCAUGAAAAGCCGGGCUUUUCCGUUCCUGAGGUUUAUGCGUGUUUGUCAAACACUGCACUGCCUAAGCGCAGAGUCUGUCUGUUUGGUUUGGUUUGGGGGGGGGGCAAGGUUUUGCUGUGCCCAGUCCCGGCUUCUGCAUUCAAGCUGUUCCACAUGCAGUUGGGGAGGAGUAAGUUCAUUUCCUAUACUUUCCCCCGGCCGCUGUGAUGUUCUUGUUUUCCUUCCUUCGUUCUCCCAUCCUUCCAAAAAAACAAACCGAGCUCAUUGGAGAGGAGGAGGAGGAGGAGGUGAAAGAACUCCUCAGAUUCCCAAAAAGAGCGUCAACCAUAUUGGAGGCUGGAAUCCUGGUGACUCACUCUGGUUUAUUUCUGUCCCUUUUAAGGACUUGAAAGAGAAGAAGGAAGUCGUGGAAGAGACAGAAAAUGGCAGAGAUGCCCCAGCUAAUGGAAACGCCGUAAGUAUUUUCUGCCAGGAGAAGUGAGGCAUAGGCAGGUGGAGGCAUAGGAAGUUACCUUCUGCUGGGUCAAGCUGUGGGGCCCAGCCUUUUGCAAGCUGUUGCCCCCCCCCCCCCCCGAUGUGUUGAACCACAGCUCCUAUCACAGUGUGCUGAUGGGAGUGGUUAUCAAAAACUUCCGGAGGGCACCAGCUUGCAGAAGGCUGGGCUUCUCCCCGAGUGAGGUGUCUCCUGUUUCCCUUCCCCAGAGAAAUCUGGGAGGUGGUAGAACUCGAACCCAGGGCCUUGCGCAUGCUGCUCUGUCACUGCUGCAACGUUUCUCUUCCCUGAGCUUGAAAGUCUUGUUGGUAAAUUAAGAGAACGCAAAUGUAAGCUCAUCCAACCAAUACCGUAUGGUAAUGAUUGAAACAGUAAAUUAUUGUGGGCUUGCAAGUUGUUGCAUCCAGUCAGUGGGGUGUUGGCUCUUAGUUUUGACCCCGUCCCCCUGUUGUAGCACCGGUGUUUGAUUGCUGCGACACAGAAAUGUUAGGAUUGCAACCGGCAACCCACAGUUUCUGCAUCCCUGCCAUAGCAGGGGAUUGGCAAGUGGCCAACAACCCUGACCGCUGUGUGUGUUGUGGGGAAGGAAGGAGAAGGGGGCAGGUGCCGACCGAAACCUGGGGAAUCCUGAUAGGAUGAGCUCUGGUGCAUCCUAGCAGCUGUUUCAAGAAACAAGACCGCAGCUCUUUUAAGUGCUGUGCUUUGGGGGGGCACUUUCCUCUGCGAGUGGCGUUUGGGCUGCCCCCUUUGAGGGGCGAGUUUUGCCUUUUCCUAAGUGUGUUUUGUUUCCACAAGGAAAACGAGGAAAAUGGGGAGCAGGAAGCAGACAACGAGGUAGAUGAGGAAGAAGAAGAAGUUGGCGAGGACGAGGAGGACGAGGAAGAAGGUGACCUUCCGUUUCCCUUUCUGACCUCCCCCCACGUGCCACAAGGGCCCCCCCUUCUGCUUGCAGAAGACCAGCUGCUCACCCUUGCCCCAGCUGUGUCCAGUUGCAGAGGGCAGUGGCUCCCCCUAAUGGCCUUUCUGGGUUGAGCACGACAGGCAAGGCAUUUUGCUUUUCCGCCAGCUCCCAUAAGGAGAGCCAACCGGCGACAAAAUCAGCGGGGAGCAACGUAUGUUUAUUGGGUCCUGCCUUUCCCACAAGGAGGACACGGGCUUCCCCCACCCCCUCCCACCACCGCCGCAACAACAACAACCCUGUGAGGCAGGUACAGCAGAGAUUCUUUGCGACUAGCCUGCGAUCUCCCAGCGACGGCUGCGUGAGGAUUUGAGAAACCUGUCCUGGCCCCACACCUUUAACCUGCAGGUGUUUUGGGCCCCAACUCCCGUUCCGCCCAGCCUCAGCCUCCCCGGCUAAGCUGGAAUAUUUGGCGUCUGUUCAGAUGCGGGGGGAGGGGGGAACCGUUCAGGGUUUGAUUCCUGCCAUUCCUUUACAGGCCUGGCACCAUUGCAAUUUUGCAGCUGGCUUCCCAAACAUUUCCCCCUUCUGUUGCUGAGGAGUCGGGGGUAAACUUCUCGAGCCUCAUUCACACACUCCCCAAAGGGGGGCCUAAUGUGUCGGAUGCCCCUGGGUGUGUGAGUGUAUAGGUGACAACCAGGUAUAUUUCCUUGUGGCGUUUUAAACCACUUUUAAUUGUUUACAGCGAGUGGGCUAUCCACUGUGCACUAUAUUAUUUCCGUGAUGGGCUAGGAAACCCAAAAGCCUGGGUUUUGGGUGGGAGAAAAGAACCGUUUGCGAUGGGCAAAUCUUCCUUCCCUUUCGCCCUGUGGAUAAAUUGCAAUGGUCUCUUGCACAAUUGCAAGAACUGGAGGCUGCUUCCUGGAGGAGAUCUCUGCGAGGGGAGCUGUUGUGGCUUAGCUUUAGGCACUUUGAUUCCCCUCUUUUCCCCAAUAAAGAAAAAAACAUUAACGACCUUGCUCCUUGUUCCUUUUACCCAGUUUCUUUGCCUUUAAUGGCGUCCCCCGAGAGCCUCUUUAAUUGUGGCUCUGAACCGCUGGCGAAAGCAUCUCAUCUCUCGUGAAAAACAAGACAACGUGCAACACACACAAACACACACCCCUGGGUGCAAGAAGCAUUGCCCCUUUCUGGAGAACACUCUGAAUCACGCUUGGCUAUUGCCUCUUAUCCUUGAGUCUCCUGGGGCCUUCGGGCCGUUUUGCAUAAUUGGGUAUCUGUUGCUGGGUGGGGGAGCGUUGCCUGGCGACCCGGGGUGAUUGAGGAGGAGGGAAAAGGGGUGGGGAAGCAGAGCUCGGAAACCAUGGCGAUGGAGCGGUGAUGUCAACACCAAGCUAGGAUGUGGCAGAAGCGUUCUGGGUUGCCUGCGGGGAAAGGAGGUGGGGAGAUAGAUAGAUGUCUUUGAUACCGUUUCAUAUAGGGUGGUGGCAUCAAUCAUUAUGAUUUGCAUUUUAAAAAUAAUUGCAAAUCUAACAAAGAACGUCAGCUCACCUUAACGAUCAUCAUAGAUCCGAUUUUAAGCAUAUAUUAAUAUACAUUGUCCAUCUGUCCACAAAGGAUAACCAAACAAGGCUGACAGUUAUAAGCUCUUCAGGGAUGGAUAUUUAACUUUCCAACCUUGAAGUAUAACUUUUUUUUUUUGCAACCAUCAAGGGCUUGCAGGGUCCAUUUUUUGAGAGCUCUCCGGCACAAAAGUUCAGAGAGGCAAGUAAAUGUUCCUAUAAAAUAGCAUUUAGAACAUCAACAUUAACACUAUUAUAAUUUCUUUUCCCAAACACCAGAAGGAACAAAGGCACUUUUUUUGUGGUGGGGCAGCAGAUUGGGCCCCUACUCUCCAAAGUGCCCUGGAGGGUGUGUUUGGUGUUUUUUCUUCCCUUUCGAAAACACUAGUAUCUGGUUGCUCCUCGGGUCCCGUUACUUCAGCGCCAGAAGCCAAGAAUGUCCUGUUCCAUCGGCACAAAAGGCAGCCAUUCCUCUCCCCUCUGUCUGUUUCCCUCUCAGCCCAGCAGAGCUUCCUUCCAUCCCCAGGACUUUAAAACUCUGCGUGAGGUGAAGCAGAGCAGCAUUGAGCCCCCUGCCUGAGCUAAUCCCGCCUUCCUGAGCUGACGCCAUCCAGGGAGGAAGUGGGGCAGCUUUUCUGCCCAGGUGACCCUAAUCUCUCCACUCCUCUCGCCCCGAGGCCUCCUUCCACUCCGCUCUCUGCUAGUGGCUUGUGGUGACAAUUAAGCCAGAUUACUGGCCUAAAUGUGGAAGGUUCAAACAGGCCUGCCACUUAUCCAGAAGAGCUUAAACUGGGGGGGAAACACACACAGAUCUCUCCAGCGCUGGAGUAUCCCUUCGAGCCGUCCCCAAUCCACUGGCCUAUUUCAGACCUUUUCUGGGUCAAUCCAGUGCUCUUUUCUUUCUCUCAGUUCUGAAGGAUGUGGUCCUUGGCAGGUUCCCUGCCCCUGACAAUUAGUAAAACGUCCUGAGUCAGAACUAAUGAAUUUUGGCUCUCUCUGUCCCACCUCAUUAAAGGCGGGCUUGUCGUUGGGACGGGGACGCAGAAACAAACUGAGCUUGGCAGCCGCUACAACAGAGGACCCCUCUUCCCCAGUUUCUGUGCGGUGUGGGUUUUGCUCUCACAAAAGGUGCUUGUUCCAGUGUUGCCUUGCGCCUACAACCCUGGCUUGCUUGCAGAGUUUUCUGCACCUGUUCCUCUGCACAUAGUUCUUGGGUGUAACAGGGCACACGUCACAUCUCCCCCAAAGUUUCACUAGACUUUUGGCUCCCUAUCUUUCCUCCCCCUCCCAAGGCAGGGAGAAUUGAACAGAUAACUGGGUAGGAAUGACGAUGGAAUGUCCCCCUCUUGUGCCCUGUCCCGCUGCACAAAAACGCACAGCGUCUUGUCUGCGAAUGAAACUCUUCAAACCAAUAAAAGAUUCCAGCGUUUUGUGGAGAGAAGGGGCAGCUGCUUACUGGGAGUGCUGCCCUGGCGCCAUUUGUAGCCCCUGCUAAAAAGCCCAAAUCCGAACAAGCAAAAAAUAAAAAUAAAAGGCAGAAGGGAGAUUGAAUAAGUAAACCUUCCUGCAGAAUACCUGCAGCUCCUUCUCCCUCUUUGCAGCAAGCAGGCAGGCAAGCACCCUCCUCAAAUGGACUCCCGGGGAAAUGGAAGGAGGAAGUAAAACGCAGAAGUGUAGCUUCUCGCACAAAAAGGAGAAGGAAAGUGGCACCUGUGCAUUUUAACCUUGCAUUCUGCGAAUGCUAAAAGAACAGAGCUUUUAAAAGUCAGAAUGUUGAGAAUCUGUUCUUCUAAGGGCUCCUGGAGGCUUGGACCAGGCGUAGUGGGAGGGUGUGGGUCUUGCUGCUUCCUCAUCUCGCUUUCCCCCUUUCACGCCCGUCGUCAUCUUCCCCCCCCCAGGUGAAGAAGAAGAUGGCGAUGAGGACGAUGAGGCUGAAGGGCCCCCAGGGAAGCGGGCAGCUGAGGACGAUGAGGUGAGUGGCUUGAGGUCUGCGACUGUGCAAGCUUUAGAGAGAACCCUAAGAGAAUUGGAGAGUCGGGGCCGAUGGGGAGAUAAGUGAGAAGCAGCUUGCUUUUGUGGAGCAAAACAUCUGCAAGCCAAUAGGUUUCAAGGGAGCCUUUCUCAAGUUUUCCAAAAUUGGGCAAAGGGAGAUUUAUUUCUGAUCUGUUCCAUAGAACUUAUACACCACCCGAUUGGGGUAAGAAAUCUUGUAUGCAGAUAUGAGUAAGGUUGAAUAACAAUUUUAAAGACUUUCUAAAAAGUCUCCAUUAACAAUGGACUGGAAGACGGGUUCCAACUCGCACCAGCAUCCUAAACAUCUGGGCAGGCUUCUCUAAACCAAAAUAGUUUCCGCCCGGUGCUGAAAAGGGUGCAGCCGAUAAUCAAUAGGCAGGGAAAUCUGAGGAUGUAGGCGCUGCAACACUGAAAGAGCCACGUUCUUACACGUAAUAUACCAUUUCCCCCCCACAGGAUGAUGACGUCGAUCCCAAGAAGCAGAAAACCGACGAAGACGAUUAG